AUGGUGGAGCUCCCCCAUGUGGAGAAGUACGAGAGGGUAACCCCACAGAGGCUUCACCUGGAUCUGUCGAAGAGAGACCUGACGCAGAAUUUGCACCCAGAACAUGCGCGGUACGCCCUGAAUCUCAGAGGCAAAAACUAUACCCUCCAUCUACAGAAGAACAGGGAGCUCAUCAGCAAAAACUACACCUUAACCUAUUACUUGGAAAAUGGGGGGCAGGUGACAGAAGCCUCAGGCGGGGAGGAUCACUGCUUCUAUCACGGACAUUUGGAAGGUGACGUCGAGUCUUCGGCCAGCAUCAGCACCUGCAAUGGAAUAAGUGGCUUCCUGCUGGUCGACGGGGAGAUGUACCUGAUCGAGCCGCUGCCUGGGGCCGGCGACCAAGGCGUACACGCCGUCUACAAACACGAACACCUCAGGAUGAAGAGGGGCGCGUGCCAAGGGGGUAACGGGAGCGCGGUGUACGACUACGGCCCCAAAGUAGCUGCAAUGCUCAAGCCUCAGCCAUGGAAAGCCGCCCCCCUACAGACAGGCACCAAAUACGUGGAGCUCUACCUCGUGGUAGAUAACGCAGAGUAUCGGAAGUUCGGAGACAUGGCUACCCUUCAGCAUCGGAUGAAAGAGAUUGUCAAUCAUGUGGACAAGCUGUAUCGGUCCCUGAAAUUCCGCGUAGCGUUAAUUGGCAUGGAAGUGUGGACCAAUCGGGACAAGAUAACCGUGAGCCCCAACGCGGGCACCACCCUUGAUAACUUCCUGACCUGGCGCAAAAGAGACCUUCUUCCCAAAAGGCGCCACGAUAAUGCGCAACUCAUUACCGGGAUUGACUUUGACGGUGCUACAGUGGGACUGGCCACCAAGCUGGCCAUGUGUACGGGGGAUUCGGGAGCUAUUAACCAAGAUCACAGCAUCAAUCCAAUUGGAGCCGCCUCGACAAUGGCACAUGAAAUGGGACACAACUUGGGAAUGUCCCAUGAUGAAGAUGUGGCAGGUUGCCGAUGUGUCGAGUCCAGAGAGAAUGGUGGUUGUGUCAUGUCUCAAAGCGUGGGCAUCGUGUACCCAAAACGGUUCAGCAGCUGCAGCCAAGCAGAUCUGGAAACGUUUCUAAGCGACGUGAGCCCCACCUGUCUACUCAAUGCUCCAGACACCGACCAGCUGUACGGUGGACCCAUCUGUGGAAACCAGUUCGUGGAGAGCGGAGAGGAAUGUGACUGUGGAUCCUCCGAGGAAUGCACCAAUCCAUGCUGCAACGCAACCACCUGUCGGCUUAAGGAGGGCGCAGAAUGCGCACAGGGGGAGUGUUGCCGACAGUGCAAGAUAAGACCAGUUGGUGAGAUGUGCCGCAGAAAAAAGGGGGACUGUGAUUUGCCAGAGUAUUGCACCGGGAACUCUGCACAAUGUCCUGAAGAUGCCUUCCAGGAGAAUGGAGUUUCUUGUGGCUAUGGCAGUGGGUACUGCUACAACGGAGAAUGCCCAUCCCUCAACCAACAGUGCAAGACCCUUUGGGGCUCUGAUGCACAGGUUGCUCCGGAUAUGUGCUUCAAGAGCAACACUCAAGGCAACAAGCAUCUGCACUGCAAAAAGACAGAGAGCGGAUACCGAGGCUGCAGAAUAAAGGAUGUCAAGUGUGGGCGUCUACACUGUAUCAGAGGCAAAGACUUCCCAAUAACCAACAACAAAUACGUCCUCACACUGAUCGGCGGGCAGGAGUGUAAGGUGGCCGAAGUCUCGGAUAAGGACAGUGGGUUCAUCUCUGAUCCUGGCAUGAUCCAGACCGGGACAAAGUGUGGCUUUGGCAUGGUUUGCUUCGAAGGGGAAUGCCGGGACCUUUCAGUAUUUGGAGAAAAGAAUUGUUCAGCGAAAUGUAACAGUAGAGGGACAUGUAAUCACAAAAGGCAGUGCCACUGCGAGCCAGGAUGGGCACCUCCGUUCUGUGACCGCAAGUUUACAGAGAUCACCGCAGGCGACGGAAACUGGCUCUUGAUCGUUGGGAUUUUGGUGGCUGUUUUUCUUUUUGGAGUCUUGAUUAUUGCUGGGAUUUAUUACUACAAGUGGAGGCUGAGGAACUAUCCUCAAAAAAGGACAAUCAAGACAAACUCCGGCUCCGGCUUGACCAAUCCUCUGUUCCAAGACAGCAGAAGCAACAGGCCUGUCAAGAAGGAUGUCCCAAAUCACUUGAUUGGUCGACCCCAGCUAAUAGCUAGCACUUCUAAUCUGGAGGAUUCUAGAUCUGCAUUCAUAACGAUAGUCCCUUGUGAGGACGCAGAGCAGGCUCCAGCCUUCAUUUCUGAUCCCCAGCCGAGGUCUCCAAUAUUAAUCCCCAAAUCACCCCAGGUGACAAAACCCAGAGUAGCACCUCCUGUGCCUCCUCCACCAACCUCUAAACAACAGGCCAGACUAGGAUUUCCACAGGCAUCAAGCCCUCCAAACAAACCAUUGCCGACACUGAAAACAAAACCGGAAUUAAAACAGAAGCCGUCACCACCGGUGAAACCUUCGGAAUUUCGCAUGAAAGAGGUGUCCUCGCAGAAAGUGGCCUUAAGGCCUCCUAUCCAGCGGAGAUGACCCUUUGCCUGGAUUGCCGUCUGCCUCUGACUAAACAAUUGCACAAAACGUUUUGACUGCUUGGCUGCCGACUGUUCGAAAUGGUUUAGGCUUAUUCCGUCGUUCCAUCGAGUGCCUUAUUACAUACGUUCUGAAGAUGAAGGUCUCAACGUAGCAAGGGCACGACUGAUGAUGAAGACAGGAUUCCAAGAAUCUCUGUCCAACGUGGAGCAGAAAAUUCAGGAUUUGGGAAGAUUCUUUUUCCUCCAAAUCAUCAGUUUUACAAGCAGUCCGGGUAAUUUGGGUGCUUUUCAGGGCUUCUAGAACGUUUCCGCGGAUCCCAAAUGGAACUGGAAGAACGAUUGGAAUUCUAAUUGGCAUGUGGGGCUAAGCUCAACUACUAUGCAGGAAGACUUGCACUUGAUGAAGGAGAGGACAUUUUUAGGGCUAAUUGACCUAGUUUCUGGAAGACGGUUCAAGGUUCACUUAAACAGUGCAUUAUAUCGGUGGUUUUGCCCUGCAAAUUUUGCACUAUUCACUCGAAGCGAUUCGAGUGCACAAUCCGAGGAGAAAAAAAGGAAUUUUCAAUCAAAAAACUGCUGCUUUAUACAAGACACUUUUUCUAUAUAAAAAAAAAGUUAAUUUGCACUGCCUUUACGUACAACCGAACCGAUCGCGUCUCGGAUACAAAAAGGGAUCUGAUUCGUACUUUUCACCAGUGCCGUUAAAUUAUUCCAACUUUAUUGGUUUUCUUUUUGCACGUUUUUUGAUAUUUAAGAAAUUCUUUACAUUUGGAGAAUAUUGUGUUUCCUUCGUAUACAUUCCAAGAAAUGUGUUUGUUUUUUGACGUUAUAAGAGUGUUACGGACAAAGGUUGGGCGAGUCUCGUGCGAGACGACCUCCGGUUUACAUAUGUUAGGUACACUUGUUAUAUCAAUGCAAUCGUCUGCACUGAAUUAUGGGUACAUUCAUGUUUCAGUUAUACGGUCAGACUUUUUAUACCGGUUCUUUGGAUGGUCUUCACGUUUCAUCCACAAUCAUCUGACCUCUCAUGGUCCUCCUUCGUAGCCGGAGAUAAGAAUUCAUCGCCAGCUUUUCUGGGUUUUAAAGUGAAGGAUGAAAGGAAAGACUUGUGAUUCAUCUCAAACCAAACUGUGUCUUGUGUUCCUGGCCCGCCGGGGAAGUCUAAUUAGAGACGCGCUGACAUGUAUACGAUCAUGAGACUGCAUGUGACUCCUUGUCGGGGCAACGACCUUCUCCAGCAAGACCCAAACUCAAUGGUACUUUCUCCGUUCCCAUCGGAUCUACGUCUAUCAUCCUUUUCCCCUUUCCUCCCACCAUGGAGAAGGACCGCAUGUUAUCGUCCAUGGACCCUUCCUACAAACGGGGGUGGGGUGGAUGCAAUAGAUCGUAAAACGGUGACUGCCGUACCAUGGAAAGGCUUAAAUUAUAAUGUUUUUGUAUUUUUGUGUCUUUUUUUAAACAAUAAAAAGUGUAUAUAAUGGAUGUCACUGA